GCUGGAUUGCUGAAAUUCAGUUGUACCUGUGACACAUGCAGAGACAAAGGAAGAGGAAGUCAGCAUCUCAUCAUAUUCAUAAUCAAACACUUGAAAAGACUGAAACACACGGAGAGCUUCAGAAGAACUGAACACUGAAUACAGAACGGACUCCACUGAUACAACAGAACGGCUUUAGAGAGAAGAAUGAAGAUCAUCUGGACUUUCACUCUCAUGAUGAUUCCUGGUGUCGUGAGCUCCAUGAGUGUGACAGGAUACUCAGGAGGAGGAGUCAACAUCACAUGUGAAUAUGAUAAAGGAUAUACAGAGAAUAAAAAGUAUUUUUGUAAAAGAGAGUGGCCAAGCUGUAAAGACCAAAUCAAGACUGAUAAUAAAGAUACAUGGGUUCAUAAUGGAAGAUUCUCUCUGUAUGACGACACAAGUUCAGCAGUCUUCACUGUGACCAUCAGAAAUCUGACAGAAGAGGAUUCUGGGAAAUACUACUGUGGAGUUGAUAUACCUACAGGAAUAGAUUCCUCCACUGAAGUGAAUCUGGUUAGAAAGAAGGAUAGUACAACACCAACUUUGUCAUCUUCAUCAUCAUCUUCGUCUCUGGUCAUCUGUGUGACUGUGAUUCUGCUUUUGCUCAUCAUUGGAUUCAUGUUUUGUAUAGUGACUCUCUACAAGAAGCAUCAGACUCGAGACUGUGAUUCAGCUUCUAAAACAUCUGAAACUGGAGCAGAAAACAGUGAAGCGGUUCCUCAACCGCUGUACGAGGAGAUUAAAGACACCAGACCUCACACUGACUGCAGAAACACUCCGUUACCCAUAACACCCUCUGAUUCUUCUAGACCUGUUUAUGAUACCGCUAAAUUACCCACAAACCCCUCUGUGGAGUGGCAUAAAUGGGACAAGAAUCAGCUUCCCACAAACCCCUCUGAUUCUUGUGUCGUGAGCUCCAUGAGUGUGACGGGAUAUUCAGGAGGAGGAGUCAACAUCACAUGCGAAUAUGAUGAAAAAUAUAAAGAGAAUACAAAGUAUUUUUGUAAAGGAGAUUGGCUGAGCUGCAUAGACAGAAUCAAGACUGAUAUUAAAGAUAAAUGGGUUCAUAAUGGAAGAUUCUCUCUGUAUGACGACACAAGAUCAGCAGUCUUCACUGUGACCAUCAGAAAUCUGACAGGAGAGGAUUCUGGGACGUACCAGUGUGCAGUUGAUAUACCUAAAGAUAUAGAUUCCUCCACUGAAGUGAAGCUGAAGAUUUCAACAGGUCAACAAAUCAGGACUGUGAGAGGAUAUUCAGGAGGAAACAUCAUUAUAGACUACAAUUAUGAGAUGAUACACACAAAUAAUUUUAAAAAAGUCUGUAAAACAUCAUCAGAUCAGUGUUUUACUGUAAUAAACACCAACAGAAGCACAGAAUGGAAACGUGACAGACGAUUCUCCGCUCAUGAUGACAGAUCUGCAGGACUCUUACGUCUGUUUAUCGGAGAUCUGAACGAGAACGACUCUGGAGAAUAUAAGAUUAUAGUCAAAGUUUCUGAAGACUACAGUUUCUUUUCUGAGUUUGAUCUGGACAUUAAGACGGAUGAUUGUUGUGAGAAGAGCAUCAGUCUAUCAGCUUCUGCUGGAGGAUCUGUGAACAUCAACUGCAAAUACCCACAAUCCCACAGUGGUGAUGUGAAGUUUCUGUGCUGGAGAUCUGGAGCUGAUCUCUGUGCUAAAGAGACGUCUGUGAAUGAGAGCAGAAGAUGGAGGGAUGAGGGAAAGAUCCAGCUGUAUGAUGACAGAGAACAGCAGCUCCUGACGGGAAGCAUCAGUCAUGUGACUGAACAAGACUCCGAAUACUGGUGUGGAGUUCAGUCUGAUCAAGGACACAAGAUCUUCAUCACACGAGUCCUGAUCAGAGUUACAGACACUUCUCUGAUCGACCUUCUGGUUCUGGUUCUGGUUCUUCUGCUUCUGAUCAUCACUGGACUCUUAGUGCUGUUUCUCUGUAAGAAGUAUAAGUCUCAAGGUGGUGAUUCGUCGUCUCAGACUGGACCAGGAAACCAUGAAGUUGUUUCUCACACUGCUUUUGAAUAUGAGGACAUUAAAGACACUCACAAACAAUUACCCACAAACCCCUCUGAUUAUUUUAAUACUGUUUAUGCCACUGCCCAAUUACCCACAAACCCCUCUGAUUCUUGUAAUACUGUUUAUGCCACUGCACAAUUACCCACAAACCCCUCUGAUUCUCCUCACUGCGUUUACACUACAGUUGAGAAAGCCACUGGUGACUCUCAGUGCUGCAUCACAUCUGCUGAGGAUCUGAAUUACGCAGUGGUGAAUUUCCACAUGGAAUCGGACAGUCCUGACAGUGUCAGUAUCAGGAAAAAUCAGGAUUACAGUGAAUACGCUGCUGUCAAUCAUCUCAGUGCUUGACAUACCACAUCAGAAUAUAAAUUAGCUGAAUGGGCUUUUUUUUAUCACAUUGUCUUUGGCAUUAAGUUUCCAUGUUUGAAAUUAUCAUUACUAAUACUAAUAGGUCAUGUACGCCCCAGAGUCUGCUGCCAUGUCGAUCCCGGAGCAAGCACUUAUUGAUCUGGAUACCCCAGAAUAGACUCCCAUCCCUGGGCUCUCUCCUUCCUCGCUGGUCACAGAAUUUUUAAGUCACCAUCAUGGGGAUCAGAUAAUUGUGAUUGACAGCUAAAGUGGGCGUGUCUACAGCGACUGGCCACUCAGGAGAUCGUAUGAUGACCAAGUGUGAACAUCCUCAACACAAAACCAAGUCAAAAUACAUCUGUAAAGAAUCCGCUUCAUGGAACUUAAUGCUUUUAUAAAAAUAUCUGCUCACUACAUAAGUCUGAUUUCUGAUUUUUUGAUUCAUGUAAUGUUUCAUUGAAGGUCACUUAUCCAGCAUCAUAAGACAUUCUGAAGUGUAAUUUGAUGUUGAUGAGAACAGAAGAUCAUCAGGACAGACUGUGAACGUGUGUGUGUGUGUGUGUGUUGUGAUGAAUCUCUGUCCGUGGUGCUGAACAUCUCAGACUCUCUUCCAUCAGCAGGAGAUCAGACUCAUGCUUUACUCUUGAAAAUAUGGUCAACUGGUUUUCUCUGGCUGUUGACGGUGUUUUAUGAUUUAUGGACUGAUAAGAAAAGAUAAAUCCAAAACACCCUCUGUAAAAACAUGAA